GACAGUGUGUGAAACAUGGAGGAGAUCACUGGAGGCACAGCACAGCUCCGGAUAGAUGUCAGAGGGGUGGUCAUAGAAGAGAUGUACAUUUCUGACAAAGAAGGAGAUGAUGCCACUGGAGACGGAACCAAGGAGAAACCAUUUAAGACAGUCCUUACGGCUAUGCUGACGGUGGGGAAAGAGCCGUUCCCAGUCUUCUACGUGGACUCGCAGAAGGAGAAUGAGAGAUGGGAUGUGAUCUCCAAGACGCAGCUGAAGAACGUGAAGAAGCUCUGGAACCGGGAACAAGUGAAGAAUGAGGCCAAGGAAAAGAGAGAGGCAGAAGACAACCUGAGACGUGAGAAGAAUUUGGAAGAAGCCAAAAAAAUAAUCAUCCAAAAUGACCCCAACCUCCCCGAACCUGUCACUGCAAAAAUCCGGGAGCUGGAAGCGUACCGCGGGCAGAGAGUCCGAGUGUUUGGCUGGGUCCACAGGAUGCGCAGGCAAGGAAAAACCUUAAUGUUCAUAGUCCUAAGAGAUGGGACCGGAUUCCUUCAAUGUGUCCUCAGCGAAAAACUGUGCCAGUGCUACAAUGGGCUGGUCCUCUCCACUGAAAGCACGGUGGCUGUGUACGGGACCCUGAACCUGGUGCCAGAAGGAAAACAGGCCCCGGGGGGACACGAGCUGUUCUGUGACUACUGGGAACUUAUUGGUUUGGCCCCGGCGGGUGGAGCUGAUAACUUGAUCAAUGAAGAAUCUGAUGUGGACGUCCAACUGAACAACCGUCACAUGAUGAUCAGAGGAGAGAACAUGUCUAAGAUCUUCAAGAUUCGCUCCAGCGUCGUCAACUGCUUCCGCAACCACUUCUUUGACAGAGGUUACUAUGAGGUGACGCCCCCGACCCUGGUGCAGACGCAGGUAGAAGGAGGGUCCACCCUGUUCAAGCUGGAUUACUUUGGAGAAGAGGCGUUUUUAACGCAGUCCUCUCAGCUCUAUCUGGAGACCUGUAUUCCCGCGCUGGGAGACACGUUCUGCAUCGCUCAGUCCUAUCGAGCCGAACAGUCAAGGACCCGGCGACAUUUAGCCGAGUAUACGCACAUAGAGGCUGAAUGUCCUUUCAUAUCCUUUGAUGAUAUGCUGAACCGCCUGGAAGACUUGGUUUGUGAUGUGGUGGACAGAGUGCUGAAAUCUCCGAUGGCACAGCUGGUGAAGGAGCUGCACCCGGAGUUCAAACCACCAAAACGCCCCUUCAAGAGGAUGGACUACUCUGAGGCCAUCUACUGGUUGAAGGAACAUGAUGUGAAGAAGGAUGAUGGAACCUAUUAUGAGUUUGGGGAGGAUAUCCCAGAAGCCCCAGAGAGGCUGAUGACAGACGCCAUCAAUGAGCCAAUCUUGCUUUGCCGCUUCCCAGCUGAGAUCAAGUCUUUCUACAUGCAGCGCUGUGCCGAGGAUAAGCGUCUCACCGAAUCUGUGGACGUGCUCAUGCCUAAUGUCGGAGAGAUUGUGGGAGGCUCAAUGCGUAUCUGGGAUAGCGAGGAACUUUUGGAGGGAUACAAGAAAGAAGGGAUAGACUCAACCCCCUACUACUGGUAUACAGAUCAGCGGAAGUACGGCGCGUGUCCUCACGGGGGCUACGGGUUGGGUCUGGAGAGAUUCCUCACCUGGAUCCUCAACAGGCACCACAUCCGGGACGUCUGCCUGUACCCACGAUUCGUUCAGCGUUGUACGCCUUAACCCCCCCUUCCGGAGACCACUGUUCCCUGGUAGAGGGAUUCCCCAUCUUGUGUUGUGGAAAAGAUCACCUACCUAUCUACCUGCUGCUGCUUUUAUCAGGACAUUUCCAGAAUCAACCUGUUAUUGGUUUGGAAUCUCAUCGUUCAAUCGUUCAAUGCUGUUUAAUAUUUCACCUGUCGGCAACUUUCCGGUGACCGGUUAUCUAAAUCGGCCAGUAAAAAGAUGUACAUUC